GACUUCGAAGCUUGUGCAGGAUGGACAAGUGUCAACUGCCAUUCAAAAACUAAAGAAGAAAGAUCGUAUCAUUUCUUCAGGUUCAUCCUCUUCACCUCCGCCCAUGGAUAGGGAUUCUUCACCCAAUGCUGCCUCACCAUCAUCCUCAAUGGUGUCUUCCUCUUCUUCUUCUCCGCAGGUUUGCGAGCAGGAUGGCUACCAACGGUUCGAUCAUCAACAGCAUGCUAAUGAUGGUUAUGAUCGUGAUUAUCAGCCUCCGACCCCGUACCGACCAAUUGGUGUUUCUUAUGGAGGGAACUUCGCGGCGUUGGGUGAUGCGUCCGAUGACUCCUGGUCUUGCGUCACCGGCGUCAUUACUUUCUGGUUCUUCGUUUCGAUGAUUCUGAUGUUGGGGUUUUAUGGUUCUAUGAAUUUGCGGCUGGCACCAAAUACUUCGAUUCUCCUUCAACCUAAUCCCCUCUUUGUGGAGAGUCUACAGGUUCAAGAGUUAGGCGAUGCAAAGCCUGGGCUCGUACUGUAUGGGUUUUAUAAAUCUCCAUCUCUUAAUGUUGUUUCUACCUGGUCUGAAACACAUCGUCUCUCUAUCCCGCCAGACUCUCACAAGGAAUGGCUGAAAUAUCUCAAUAAGGGGUCUGUAAUUAACAUUUCAUACAGACUCAAAUCUGCAAACUCCUCUAUUGUCCUCGCUAUCGCCCAAGGGGAUGAUGACCUUGCCCGAUGGCUUCUGGACCCUAAAUAUCCUAACACCACUUUGUCAUGGAAUGUCAUUUAUGGAAAUGGCGUGAUCGAGCAAGAACUAUAUAAAUCUUCAACUUACUAUAUUGCAGUGGGUAACCUGAACUCAAAAGAAGUUGAGGUGAAACUGAAUAUCAGAAUUAGGGGUAUCUUGUAUAAUACUUCGGAAGCUUACUACAAGUGUACAUUCAUUAAUGGCCGUUGUGGUUUGGGUGUUUUGUUACCCAAGGGAAAUCCAGUUGUCUUAGCCUCAUCUGCUCCAGAAAAGAAUAUGUCCAGUGAGUGGUAUAUCAGAUUGUCAUAUGAGCCAAGGUGGACCACAUAUAUCAUUGGCAUAGGUGGAUUGACUAUUCUCAUGUUGGUGGCCUUCCACUUGAUAAAACAGUUCCGAUCUAACCAUGAAGAUGAAGCUGCAGCUCAACAUGGGGAAAUGGGACCUGAAAGAGCUCCCCUGCUUUCAAACAAAGAUGAUGAUAGCGCAAGUCAAGGUUCAUCUUAUGAUUGUGCCUCGAAUGACGACAACGAUCUAGACAAUCAUCUGGUAGCAGGUUCCAUUGAUGGAAAGUUGGUACAAGAUUGUGAAAAUAGCAAUAAUACUCGACCUCUCUGUGCAAUAUGCUUUGAUGCUCCCAGAGAUUGCUUCUUUCUUCCUUGUGGGCAUUGUGUGGCUUGUUUUAAAUGUGGAACAAGGAUAGCAGAGGCUGCUGGUACUUGUCCUAUUUGUCGUAGGAAGAUGAAGAAGGUUAGGAAGAUUUUCACAGUUUGAGAAUAACAGCUUUGUGCACCUUUGGUUUAUAGUGCGGGAUGUAGAUUUUGUCUGCAUCAUUGCUUUGGUGCCCAUGGAUAGUUAAUCAUGUAAAUUGCAGAUCAAUAAUGAGCAUCGGUUUACUUACUUUUUUGGGAGAACAUAUAUCAGCAUAGUUGUUAAAAGUAGAAGAAUCAAAACCGUAGUCUUUUUGCAUUUGGCCGUCUGCCAUGCCAUAUACUCACAGAGUAGGACUCACAGGGCUGUACUAUAAAGGUUUAAGGGUAAUAUUUUUCUGAGUUUAUCUUCUUUAAGACGAGUA